AUGGAAGCCACGAUGGAAGAAGAGAUUUCUAGUAGUGAAGGUUCAAGCCCUGUCAGACGACAAGGUUUACGCCCUAGAGCAGAGAUUGUGUCGACAUCGUCAAGCCCAACAUCAAGCCCCACAAGAAGGGGAAGAGGAAGGGGUCGAGGAAGGGGUCGAGGAAGGGGUAGAGGAAGGGCCCGGGGUGCCAGAGGAAGGGGUAACGUGCAAAGAAGUAGACACAGAGGGGAUGUGGCAGCAGAUGCUGCCCUAGAACGUCAGAGGGUGUUUGAGGCACGCAUUGAAGAAAUGAGUGACCAGGAAAGAAAAGACCUUCUGCUAACAACAGGGAGAAAUCACCCCAGUUUAUUUCUGGAUGUUAUGGACAGGAUACCACAUGGUGGUUACCAUCCUCAACCUGGUGGGAAUUCCCCUGAAUGGUGUACCUGCAUGAAAUGCAGAGAAAUGCCAACACAAGUUGAACGACUAUGCUGUGGAAGGCCACCAAACAACUGUCGAUCUGACUUGCCGGAUUUCAACCUUCUUGUGCUUGAUGAACUCGUCCUGCAAAUAGCACAGAUGUAUAGACAGGAUGUCCUUGCCCUCCCUCAAGAUGAUGACUAUAACAAGGGGAAAAGGCAUGCUGGCUACAGACAGUUUAUACUGUGGCACCAUGGACGUUUAGGAGUGGGGGUCAGAAGGGUUAUUCCAAGUUGCUGUGUGUGGGCAAUUAGAGACAAAUUUCCUGACCAAUUUGGACAGUAUCAUGGUUUUGUACCGUCUCGUUUAGGCUAAAGUGGCAUUUACU